AACAGUCAACAUCCGCCGGUUGAACCGUAGAGGUUGUGCCGAAACUUCGCGCUCGAAUUUUCGUGGGAAACUUCGUCGAUGAAACUUCCGUCCUAAAGGAAGAAACUGGUUUUUUUCAAAUUUUUGUUUUGUGGGUGUUAGUUUUAUUUCGUUUGCGGCAGUAUCAAUUUUUUUAUGAUGAUUUGGAGCCAAGCGACCAAUUGAUUAUAAACGAACCUGUAUAAAGGACAAACAAUUUGGUAAAAUACCCUCUCUCCUUUAGGAGGAAAUAACCUGGCUCCCUCGCCACCUACUCCGCAACAGUUGCGAUGGUGCAGCUCGCCAUUGGUGCCUCGCGAUCAGGUCGCCACCACCAUCAUCAUCAACACCCCUCGCUACCCCACUACCCCUACACUGAUCGAUAUACGUCCGGAAAAGUCUAUUAUAUUAGCCAGAAGGUACUCGAAGAAUCACACAUACCAAAAUCCGGACAGUUCGGAGACCCUUGGUUAUAUCCAGGACCAUUAUAGCCCUAUUUUGCCUAAGAAAAAGGGUCUGAGUAAAUCCAGGUCUGUGGAUUGCAAGCAUGAAGAUUUUGGAAAGUUGGUGAAUGACUGUUUGGCAAGGUCCAGUCCAGACGUCCAUCGUCCGGAAAAAGUGUCUAAACUAGGCGCUUUACUUAAGAAGAUUGACAAUAAGGCAACAAAAACUCUUCAAAAGGUUAUCGGUAAUAAGACUGUAACGAGCAAAUUUCCAAAUAAUAAUAACUUAUUUAAUACGAAAUGCGAUAAGUUAAUAGAUAAGCGUUUGUUAUCUCGAGAUAAAUGUAGUAGUGGUCCACCGAGCAUCCAGAACAAUAAUUAUUCGGAAUUAGUUUUGAGAAAAGCGCCAAUAAUAUGUGAUUCUGUGCAUGCAAAACCCCGGGUGGUUCGCGAAAAAACUAAAUACAGCCCUCCGCCAGAUGAAAUCUGUGGUCAUCAACCACCGUCUGGUACGGCCCAAGUUGACUCUACGAGUUUAGUGUUACCCAACAAACGACUCGCGACCAUAAAGCCAUCAACAGACAAAAUGUUUCGUAAUACGAGAUUAAAAGAACGUCUAGUUUUGUGUUUUAGCAUCGUCGCGGUACUGUUUACGUUUAUGAUAGUGCUUGACAUUCAAAUGGAUCUGGGGGUAUCCAAGAGACAUUUAGUACCCAGUCACGGUAAAGUGAGAAGACCCGUGAGGAAAAAUGAUGUUGAUAGUGCAUAUAAUAUUUAUCGGAAUAGGCUGUUGCAGAAGACACACAGUGGUCUUAAUAUGAAUAUCUCCAAAGAAAGUCUCCCAUCAGAACCUUCGCUUCUAAGUCCAAAGGGUCUCAACUCGUUGGAAGAAAAACCUUUGGACGAUCCCAAGGAUGAGCAGUUCGAUGACUUCAGUGACCUCAUGGACUAUUUAUCGUUAACCAGCAUAGAACAGGCAAAAAUCAGGGCUGAAGUUUCAAGGACAAACAAGGUCGUUGAAAUAGAUCCUAAGAAACUGAAGAAUCCCACUAUUGCGGAUGUUAAGAACAUUAUUAUCGACAAAAACUCAUCUGCCUUGGACAAAUUUCACUAUCAAAUAUCCCAGCAUGAGCUCUACCCGAAAGACAGUCCCCUUGUAGAUGAACUUUUAAGGCUAAUGCAAACGGAACCAAUCCUACACGUCGCUCAAAAGUCGGGUGGCACUCAACUGAAACUGAUCAUCGAUUACCCGAACGACCUUCAAGCCCUUUUCAAGCCCAUGAGAUUUCCAAGAGAACAGCAAACUCUUCCUAACCAUUUUUAUUUCACCGACUACGAGAGGCACAACGCCGAGAUUGCCGCUUUCCAUUUAGACAGGUUACUCGGUUUUCGGCGAGCAAUGCCAGUCACCGGCCGACUCCUAAACAUGACAACCGAGCUCUACAAAGUGGCCGAGGGAGAUCUUCUUAACACAUUCUUCGUAUCACCGUCUGAUAACAUGUGCUUCCAUGGAAAAUGCUCGUAUUACUGUGACACUUCGCACGCCAUAUGCGGAUCCCCCGAUAAGUUAGAGGGUAGUUUUGCUGCUUUUUUACCCUCAAGCCGACUGGCACAAACUAAAGUCUGGAGGCAUCCCUGGAGACGCUCGUACCACAAGAGACGAAAAGCCCAAUGGGAAACCGAUCCCACUUAUUGCAGUGUUGUACGUGAAAUCCCACCUUAUGAUACUGAUAGAAGACUGCUUGACUUAAUGGAUAUGUCAGUGUUCGAUUUUUUGAUUGGGAACAUGGAUAGGCACCAUUAUGAAACUUUUCGAAUGUUCGGAAAUAACUCAUUCACCUUGCACCUCGACCACGGUAGGGGUUUCGGAAAACCUUAUCACGACGAACUGUCCAUCCUAGCCCCGCUACUGCAGUGCUGCCUUAUACGAAAAUCCACAUUAGAAACUUUAAUUAAGUUUCAUAAUGGUCCUACCAAACUAAGCGAAGCUAUGAGAAAGAGUAUGGAAAAAGAUCCAAUAGCUCCCAUCCUGUGGGAACCCCAUUUGGUGGCCCUUGAUCGAAGGAUCGAUAUCAUUUUAAAGGGCAUAAGGGACUGUCUUAUGAAGGGCGAGGAGACUUUGGUUAAUGAUAUUAAUGAGGAUUCAUAGGUGAUGGAUAAGUGAUAAAUUUAUUUUGCAACAAAUUUUAAUUAACUAGAAUUUUUUUUGUUAAAUUGCUCAAAAAUUAGUUAUAUAUUAGUUAAUAUUUUUUUCCUAGUCACUUAUUGUAUGAUAACUCAACCAAAAAUACUUUUUUAAUAAUACUUUAUGGUAUUUUAGUUCUUAAGUUUACAGGGUGUUUCCAAUUUAAGUUAUGUUUGACGAUAUACUUGGCGACCACUAUAAAAGGAAAAUGGUAUUUGAAUUUCCCGCCAAACUUUUGACAAUAUUGACAAAUAAAGUAAAGACUGAUGGGUUGCAGUGUUAUUGGAACGUGGUUAAGUUAGCUUAGGUAACGUUGAGGUUUCCAGUUAGUUACGGAAUUAAAUGAAUUUUUUUUUAAAGUGAUGCUUUUCAGAUUUUUUUGAUCAUUCAAUAACUUUAAUAGUAGCUCUCAUAACAAUUAUUGACAUCCUAAUCGUGCCAAUCAAAAUUAAAACGCCCUGCAUACAAGGAGGUUGGCCAAUGAAAAUGGGAAAUAUAAGCUCGUAUUAAAGCAUUUUUCUUCUUCUAUUUGUGGCUUUUGCGCUCCUUUCUAACCAAUUGCCGGUCACCAUGUUCAUUUGACAAAUCAUUUGCCAAACAUCCCCCUCUAUCCAAGUCGUUCCAAUACUUACACCAAGUAUUGAAUAAAAAAAUUGUUAUUGUUUAAUGUGCAAAUUUGGGUUCUUUGGAAAUCUCUACUGGUGGAAAUUAUAAUUGAAACGCCCUGUAUAAAAACAAAAUGUUUGUAAAAUCAUUCGUCAAACAUUCUAUAUAAGUUUUAAAUAUCUACAUAAAAUAUAUGUUUGUUUAGUUUACAUAGUGAUCCAAAUGUUGAAUUCUCAUAUAAGGAGUAUCCUAAUUCUAAGGCUCACUAUUGAGACCUCGGAAACUGUAAAGAAGACGAAGUGAGUGUAAAAAAAUUGGAAUAUUUCCGGAGAAACUUGACAAAAAACCAAAACGUCACAUAAUGUUUUUUAUUUUUUUCUAACGGUAUUUAAAGAUGUAGAGCAAAGUACAUGAUAGUCAUUUAAAAUUAUAUUUAUGUAAGGCCUUGAAUUGGGGACUCCCUAUAUAUUUUUAUUAUUAUACCAGUGAUUUUAUGUAAUAAAAUGUAAAUAUAUAUAUAAACAAGGUGCACAAAAUACAUGUAUAUAUUUAUAUAAUAAAUAGGGUAAAUGAUGGUACCAAAUAAAUAUAUAUCUUACUGGGUGUAAAUAUAUAAAGCGGAUAAUAUAUAUUAAUAUAUAUGUAAUAGGGUAAUUAAUAAGAUAAAUAAUAUAUACAUACAUAUAUGUACCCAGUUGAAACCAAAUUGACUGUUAAAAUGUGAUCUUAUUAAGGAUAUCAAUAAAAGAUUACUAAUA